CUUGAUCUCCAGGGUGACCCAAAGGAGCCAUGUGACGGGCGGGAUUGCACCACCUGCCAGUGUUUUCCGGCUAAAGGAGCGAGGGGUUCCCCGGGUCCUCUGGGUCCGCAGGGCCCCCAGGGGCCUCCAGGCUUCCCGGGCCUUCAGGGUCUUCUGGGACCAAGGGGUCAUAAAGGAGAUGAGGGGGCAACAGGACGUCCUGGUGAAAAAGGAGAUGUUGGAAUCAUAGGCCUUCCUGGUUUUCCAGGAAUAGAGGGAAUCCCGGGUCACCCAGGCCCGGCUGGAGGGCGUGGCCAUCCAGGUUUGGAUGGAUGUAAUGGAACCAGAGGAACUCCUGGGUACCCUGGGCUUCCAGGUGAACAGGGGCCUUAUGGAGAACCGGGUAUCACAGGGCCGAAAGGCUUUAAAGGAGAUCCAGCGUACUACUUUAUCCAGUUCCCUGGAGUUCCCGGAAAUGCUGGACCCAUUGGAUUGCCAGGUUUGCCGGGAGAAGAGGGUCUACCAGGACCGAUUGGACCUCCUGGUCCAAUAGGAUGGGAUGGAGACGAUGGUAUACCUGGUCGUCCUGGUUUAAGGGGUCCACCUGGUCAAAAAGGUCGUUUAAUUCCAGGACCAAAAGGAGAUGAGGGAGAACAGGGACCCCAGGGUGAACCAGGGCCGUUUGAGUUCAUUGAACCUCCAGAGAAUUUCUACCCCAAAGGAGAGAAGGGAUCUCUAGGAGAAAGAGGAAUGCCUGGCAUUCCAGGGCCCCCGGGUCAAGAUGGCCCCCCUGGCAUCAAAGGAGAGAAGGGGAUUGUUGGAUUUCCAGGAGACAGGGGGGAUUCUGGUCGACCUGGUCCUUUCGGACGAAAAGGUGAUAAGGGGAUGAGAGGAAGCCAGGGUCUUCCAGGUUUGAUAGGUCAAGAUGGUGCUAAGGGCAGUGUUGGCGAACCAGGCCCUAAAGGUCUCCCUCAGAAUGGCAAUGAUGUCAAAGGGGAUGAUGGGGAUCCUGGGCCACCUGGUUCAAUGGGUAGUCGUGGUGACACAGGGCCUAAGGGAAUGGCAGGCCCUCCAGGAUCGCCAGGAAGAUCAAUGCCGGGUGAGGUUUUUUUUCUUUGUUCCUUUCUGAUCAAGGCAGUGACGUUCUUCCCACAACGGCAACAGGUCUAUAGUCACUGGGGACUGUUGGCAGAGUCUUCUCUGAGUCUUCUUGGGGGAGUGUUGGCCUAG